AUGAUACAGCAGAAACCACUAGCAGCAGAUCCGAAGCGUUUACAAGCAAUGCUGUUGAGACUACAACGGUACGAUGUGACAGUGAAGUACAAACAAGGAAAAGACGAGAUUUCGCAGGCUCCAGGAGGAAGUCUGGCAGUUUCAGAGGAAAGACGGAAACAGAUAAAGAAAGCGACAGCAAGAGAUGAGACUUCGACAGAGCUAACGGUGAUACUAGAGGGAUGGCCAGAAACAAAGCGCAAGAUAUCGAGUCUCAUAAAACCUUCCUAUGGUGCCAGAGAUGAAUUAGCAGUUCAGAAUGGACUAAUUUUUCGAGGAGAGAGACUUGUAGUUUCUCAGAGUAUGAGAGCGCUAAUGUUACAACGAAUACACUCAUCACACAUGAAGAUAAACAGCUGCAUACGAAGAGCCAAGGAUAACCUCUACUGGCCAGGCAUGAGUUCACAAGUCAAGGACAGAGUAGAAAGAUGCGAAACAUGUAGAAAGUUUGAGACUACGCAACAGAAAGAGAGUUUGAAACCACACUUCAUUCCAGAACGACCAUGGGUGAAGUUAGGAGCGGACUUGUGUAGUUUUGCUGAUCAUGAAUACCUUGUCAUUGCAGACUACUUAAGCAAUUUUAUAGACGUGGAAAGUCUAGAAAAGACAACAUCAGGUGCAGUGAUUCGAGCACUAAAGAAACAGUUUUCAAGACAUGGUAUUCCAAAUGAGCUUAUCACUGAUUAUGGCCCACAAUUCGUGUCUAAGGCGUUUGAGAAAUUUGCACAAAACUGGGAAUUCACACACACAACAUCAAGCCCAGAAUAUCCGAAGAGCAAUGGAAAGGCAGAGAGUGCGGUCAAAGUAGUGGUGCGCUAG